UAGGGAUUGGUAUGAUUUGAUGGUUGGGCUUAACAUUCACUAGAAAUGGUAAUAUGUGUAAUGUGUAGGCAGUAUAGUAUGGGUUUAACAUGUGUUGUGUUUGUUAGUAAUAAUAAUUGUGUUGAUGUUUGCAAUGUGUGUGCAAUUAUUGUUGAACUAAAGUCUUAACGCAGAGUUAUAUUGCAAACUCAUAUUAACUGUGAAUCAAGUGUUUGAAUAUUAUUUUUACCACAAAUGUUGUGCUGUUUCUGGCCAUUGAUUCUAUAGUAACGGAAUCCACGGCUACCCAACCAUUGGCCGCACCGACCGAAACACCAUAUCAUCAAAUGGACUCCCAGUCCAUCACUCAAGUGACCAGAGAUUAAUGCAAAGACACACAUGAAUGCAGAUCUGAUUCACAAACAGUAAUAAUAACAUUUGGAUGUAUUAAAUACCGGAGUAAAGCCAAUGGUUUAUAUUAUUAGUGGGGUUUUUGUUGCAUUGAAUAUAUUGUUUUGAUAGCGGAUUGAAUUCUUGUGCCAACAACAACAUAACACACCGGAGCCAACAAACAGUAUGGUAUUGGGUUGUUGGGCCAGCAGGCGAUCCAAAAAGCGCUGGAAGGCAGUGAUUGUUCGCAGUCCAUCACCAGACUGCCGCUGUUCCUGCCAUCGGACCAUUUCUGGGAUCCGUACCCGUGAGGAAUCUGAGACAAGAGUCAGACAAGCAAUUGAUUUGGUGUCUGAGCCUAGGCUUGAAUCUAAGCCAGUCUUAAAUCCUGUUAUUAAAUCAUCACUAAAUAAAACCCAUUUGUUUAGCGAAAAACCAUUAAAUCAGACAUCAUUUGCAUCGACUUCUUAUACGACAAGUGAAAGCAAUUCAACAACGAAACAGAUUGUUAACGACGACAACAAGCGAUCGAUCCGAACGAUUAAUUUAGCGGACAAAUCAUCACAUUAUCCACCGUUUGUAAUGGACAUCACUUACGUUACCGAACGCAUCAUCGCGCUUACAUUUCCCGAUUCGGGCACAAGUGGCACAUAUCGGGCAAAUCUGAAAGAAGUUGUUCAGAUGUUUCGGACCAAACACAAGAACAAGUAUAUGGUUUUCAAUUUGAGUGAACGUCGAAACGAUUUGAUUAAAUUGAAUCCCAAUAUAUGUGAGUUUGGUUGGCACCAGAAUCUUGCACCGCCUCUUGAGAGACUCUGCUCUAUCUGUAAGGCCAUUGAUUCGUGGCUCACGUGCGACAACCAACACGUGGCUGUCAUUCACUCAAAGGGUGACAAUGGACGGACAGGUGUAGUAAUAGCUGCGUUCAUGCACUACACCAAUAUCUGUGCCACCGCUGACCAGGCGCUCGACAGGUUCGCUAUGAAGCGCUUCUAUGACGACAAACUAGAUUACUAUAUGCAACCAUCACAGAGAAGAUACGUUCAAUACUUUUCUGGAUUACUUUCCGGUACCAUUAAAAUGAAUAACAAUCCACUAUUUCUUCAUCAUAUUAUAAUUCAUGGAAUUCCUAAUUAUGACCAAAGAGGCGGUUGUCGUCCAUUUCUUAAAAUAUAUCAAGGAAUGCACACUAUUUACAGGACAGGCAUCUACUCGGCCACUGAUGGCAGAGCAAAGAAGAUAUUUAUUGUAUUGAAUCCAAGUCUCCAAUUAAGAGGAGAUAUUUUGAUAAAAUGUUAUCAUAAAAGGCAAAGUCCUCCGGGAAGAGUACCGAUAUUUCGGAUACAGUUUCACACGUGUACUCUUGAACACGACAGACUUGUUUAUAAUAAGGAUGAGUUGGAUAACGGAAUGGCUGAAAGUCGUUUCCCAAACGACGGAUUCAUCGAAAUUUUGUUCAACAGUUCCUCAGAAAAUAGGCCACAAAACGGUUCGCUAAGCGAUGCCAUCACUCCUAUUGUUGACGAAGCUCUUCACGACUCAAUUGUCAAAUGGGAUUCAUAUGAGAACUUUGAUUUGUCACCAGAGGACAAACCCGAUCCACAAUUGGAUGCAUUUGCCGCUGAACUGAACAAUCCCUCCCAUACUUAUGGUCCGAUCGAUGGUAGUCUAUACGCAACAGUAGCUAAAAGUGGAAGCAAAAAAUCUCCGGUGACUUUCUCUUUGCCAAACAAUUCAAGUGCAGACAAUGCCAGUGAUGAUGGACCACAUACUGUUAGCAUUGACUCAGGAAUAUCUUCAACUGUUUCUGGAAACCCACACCAUAUGGGACAUACAGGCAAUACUAAUGGUGGCUCAGGUUCUAGUGGUUAUCCAUCACCUAUUAAUGUCGAAGUAGAAAUUCAUCACCAAAAUGGUGACGACAGACCACCUAACAGACCCACAACUCAAGAGCAGCAGGAGUUGGAUGAACUAUUGAGUGGAAUGUUAGAACAGGUGCAGUCAUUCCCGGACCACCCGAGUGCCACACUUCGUAAAUCAACGUCAACUACAACACAUAGCUCAUCAUCUGAUACUAACCAUUACUCUUCAAUUACAAGAACAUCAAACACUCCCAGUUUUAGCCAAAAACAUAGUGAAUAUAGUUCACCAAAAUCUUUGUUUAAUGGAAGCAGUGGUCAAACUACUACUACUAGUCCUGAUGUCAUUCAAACACGUUUUCUCACAAAACCAAUAUCCCAGAGUUCCGAUGACAAGAGGCCUUAUCGAACACCAGAAAGUCAACCAUUUUCAUAUGGAGUAACAGCCAGUUCUCCAGCUCUUCAAAGACGAAGAGUAGUGUCUGAAUCAACCGCUUAUGUGACCGAAAAUACAGUGCCUAAGGGUGUAGUCGAGACUGAGCCGAGAGAUGCGGACGACGUGUUUAGUGAUUACGCUUCCUCUUCAUAUCAGGAGACAUUCAGUGAAGAUGGCAUUCCUCUCACUUGGCUUCAGAGACAACAACUCAAACUACGGUCAAAACACGAGGGAAAGUCUAUGCAAGAGAGGUAUUGGAAGGAACAGAAACUCAUUCAAGAAUUUAAAACUGUUGCCAAAAGAAUACCAUCACAAGACUCUUCGCGAGAGUCAUCUCCUCCUUAUUCACAGCCUCUUCAUAUAAAUACAUCUAAUGGAAAGACACCGUACAAAGGAAACACUCGAACAUCACCUUAUAUACCGGCGCGCAGCUCAAGCAAAAACAUUUGGCAAGACUCUGAUCGGCCGCUUCAGCGCCAAAAUUCAGACAUUACUCAUGAUAGGGAACGACCUUUUGUGGCCGUCCAACGGGUACAUCAAGAUGCCAGACAAGUGUUCUUCGAAUCGCAGCCAACACCGCAACAAAUGGCUACUUCGCCAUCGAUAUACGGAAGUGUAUAUCCAUACAAUCAACAUCAAGUCUAUAUACCCGACGCCAAAGAUGGCCUCUUAAUGCAGACACAAGCUGUUGAUGAAGUGGAUUCUGUGCGUCCGAAACACUCUACUCCUUCUUACAAAAGCGCAACCGAAGCACCGACUUCUUGGUCGCCGUCAUUUGUAGGCAGUGGUAGUCCUAAUUCUGAUAGACCGGAAACGCCGGGCUUUCCAAUUACUCCGGGCACUCCUUAUGUCAAUCAAAUGUCAAGAAGUCCACCUUUAUUCAGAAAGCAAACACAAAGUCCAUUGUAUAUGAAUGGACAAAAUGAACAGAACCGAGACUCACAGCCCGGAUCACCCGGAGGUUCAAUAUAUUACGGACAAUCCCAGAGAUCGAGCUUAUUAUCGCUUAAUGAAUCGGAAGUGAUUACACAGCACCCGACUUUCAUUAAAGACACGUCCAGUUAUUGGUAUAAACCUAACAUCUCUAGAGAGGAUGCAAUAAAUAUGUUGAGAGACAAAACCAGUGGAACUUUCAUAGUCCGAGACAGUCACUCAUUUCCCGGUGCUUUUGGUUUGGCACUCAAAGUCGCUACUCCUCCGCCUAAUGUCCAGACAAAAACGGGUGACAUCUCUAGCGAAUUGGUGCGCCAUUUCCUUAUAGAGCCCACAUCUAAAGGGGUUAGACUUAAAGGUUGUCCCAAUGAACCAACAUUUGGCAGUCUAUCAGCUCUGGUAUACCAACAUUCGGUAACACCAAUGGCUCUUCCCUGUAAACUUACAAUACCCAACUCUGACAUAUCGGGUGACCUAUCAGUCGACUCAAUAAUGAACAGUUUGACGAGUGAUUCUUCGGCAACACUGCUGGCAGAGGGGGCCGCCUGUAAUAUAUUAUAUUUGGUCACCGUUGACAUGGAAUCACUGACAGGUCCUCAGGCAUUACGAAAAGCAAUUACUGAAAUGAUUUCAAUGAAACCGCAACCCAUGCCUACUGUUGUUCACUUUAAAGUGUCGGCUAAAGGAAUAACUUUGACAGAUAAUCAUCACCGACUAUUCUUUCGACGACAUUAUCCAUUGAUAUCAAUAAGUUUUUGUGGAAUAGAUCCGGACUGUCGACAGUGGAAACACCAAAUCGAAGCCAUUCCUUUGCCUUCUGGUCAAUGUAUAAUAUUUGGAUUCGUUGCCCGAAAAACUGGUAGCAAAACGGAUAAUCAGUGUCACGUGUUUGCCGAGUACGACGCCGACCAACCGGCCUCUGCUAUCGUCAACUUUGUUAACAAAGUUAUGGCAACUAAUCCGACACAAUCACAACAGAGACAGAAUAUUAUUUAAAAAAAAAACGGUCCGUCCGUUUGAAUACACAGAUACUCCACUGAGUUGGGCUCUCAAUGACGACACACCGAGCGUGAGAUCAGUCCUGUGAGCCCUAAAACAACAAGCGAUGCCCUUCCGGAGUGCAGCUCCCAUAUGCUGUGUGUGUGUCGACACACAUAACAAAUCUAAUGCAAGAUUUAUAAAAUUAACUUUUGACUAUUACCUAAUUCAUUUGGCAGCCAAUAAUAAAUUUUACAAAAAGUGCCUAAAUUUGUGUUUGGUUUUGCAAAAUAAUCAAUUUUGUUAUUAAAUUU